CGUAGCUCCGGCGCACGCGCAACUGACGGGACUGCCAGGGAGACGGCUUUCCCGUCACGAGUCUGGUAUAUGUUUUAUUUUUUUUAAAAAACUAUCCGAUUUAUUUCUUUGGAACAUCCGGCAAUUUAAAGAAUUAGUCGUUUUCGUCAUCUUGCUUUCUGUGGUAACUCCUUGGAGAAAUGAACAAUAAAUUCCAAGCCCUGAAAGAUGACGAUAGUGGAGACCAUGAACAUAGUGAAGACAAUGAAUUAUUGAGAGAGCAGGAAACAGAAGUGUGUGAUCAAGAAAAGAUACAAAGCACAGCCAAACGAAAGGCAGUGACACCUGGAGCUGGUGAGCAUCCUCUACAGUAUAACUAUACCUUCUGGUACUCCAGGCGAACACCAAGCAGGCCAGCCAACACUCAGAGCUAUGAACAGAACAUUAAACAGAUUGGAACAGUCGCAUCAGUAGAACAGUUCUGGAGGUUCUACAGUCAUUUGGUGAGGCCGGGUGACUUGACAGGUCACAGUGACUUCCACCUCUUCAAAGAGGGCAUCAAACCCAUGUGGGAGGAUGAGGCCAAUAAGAAUGGUGGAAAAUGGAUAAUACGUUUACGCAAAGGCCUGGCAUCCCGUUUCUGGGAGAAUAUCAUCCUGGCAAUGUUGGGAGAGCAGUUUAUGGUUGGAGAAGAGAUCUGUGGUGUUGUGGUGUCGAUCCGGUUUCAGGAAGACAUAAUUUCAGUGUGGAACAAAACAGCCAGUGAUCAAGCAACUACUGCUCGGAUACGUGACACUUUGCGCCGCGUGUUGAACCUACCACCAAGCACAAUCAUGGAAUACAAGACGCACACAGACAGUAUCAAGGACAACUCCAGCUUCCGGAACACAAAGAUUGCAGUAUAAUGUAGAAUUCCAUGGAGCGCUACGCCUCAGUCUGGCACAACAUUUCGACAACAGCAGUGGAAUGUCAAAAGGCAUAGUAAUGGCAGAUUGGUGUUAGACACCUGGUCACUAUGAAUUUAUUUUAUUGCCUAUUGGGCAAUUGCAAGUACAAACAAAAAACAUUUUAUUUCUGUGGCAGAUCUUUUCCCUCUGUGGAGGGCAACUGUUUAUUGUGAAACCUUUAGUGGGUUUCUUGCCAGCCAUAUAAGAGUUGGAAGGCACGCCUAGCGAAUGGCUGCUGUUGCAGAAUUUUGACUGUCACUAUCCAUUCUCUUCUGCUUCCAUUGGCAGAUCCUGACUUGAUUUAUCGCCACGGAGUCUGAUUAGUUUUUUCAGCUUAAUCCUUCAAUUGCUGGGCAUUUAAAUUUUCAGUUUCUGUGAUGAAAGGAAGAUUAAAAUGCAUAUGGUCUUUUAGAAAUAUAUUUUCUAAAGUGCUUGAAAUUAUGCUAUGUAGGUAUUUUGUGAAAGGACUUUACAAGUUAGUAUUAAAGUUCUUGUCCCUGGAGAUCUGCUUACCCAUUUAAGAUAAAUAAUUUACCACUUUAUUUACUGAACAAAGGAUUGGGUAUUACCAAGUUAAGCCUUUGUUUCCAUAAGGUAAUUUCAAUGCCACUGUAUCCCUCCAAAAGUUACAUAAUUAUUGUAUUGCUGCAAUAAAAGAAAGUGACAUUCUCCCCCGGUUAACAUUUUUCUGAUGCAGAUUUUCUGUGCCACCAUUCUUCAGUGACUUGUAUUGAAGAUUACAAUCCCAGUCUGGUUCACAGCCAGUCUCCGCAGCAUUCAAUUUAUACAACAGAGUCAAGGGCCUAAACUCUGGAUUUUUAAUUUUCCAUCAUCUAAAUGACAAUUCAAGACCAGCUAGUUCCUUAAAGUCCUCUUGCUACCUUUACCUGGGAGAUGACAUCAAGGUAAGGACUGUUAUUAGGAGCAAUCAAUAAUGAAAAAAGGACCAUUCUGGAUCUUGGCUCUGGUAACAUGGAUAAAAUACAAAAGUACAGGAUCACGAGGACCACAUGAAAAUGAUUUGGGCCACAAGUGAUGCUUGAGCCAUUCUAUGAACAGCAGCAUUAUCCAAAAUUACAGAUGCCCCUGCACUUGGUUGUGCAAACUAUUAGAGUUUGACACGCAUUGUCCUCCAUCCUUAACCCCGUCCAAUCCAUCGUUUACUCCUUUGUAACAGUUAUUUUAUUUGAUGCUGGUAGGACUGGCAUUUAUUGCUAAUCCAUUAUUGCCCUGAAAAGGUGUUAGUGAACUUUCUUCUUGAACUGCAGUCACCCUUGUUCUGCUGUUGCUCCAAGUCAAGGUAUUUUGUGAUUUGAAAAGAAAUUUGGAGAUGACAAUGUUCCCUUGACGCUGCUAUUUUAUCUUUCUGUGAAAAGGAGGUGUUGUCAAUGUAACAUUGUUCUGAGGAAGGGUCAUUCGACCCGAAAUGUUAACUCUGAUUCUCUUCACAGAUGCUGCCAGAUCUCCUGAGCUUUUCCAGCAAUUUGUAUUUUGAACAGCACAGAAGGAAGCAAUUUGGAUUGUCAAGUCCAUGCCAACUCUUUAUCAAGUAAUCCCAGCAGUCUCUUUUCCCUCCCUUUAACAUUAUAGUCUUGCAAGUUUUUAUCCCCUUAAAUGCCUUUUAACAUGACUCACUGGAAUAGUGAACUCGAAGUCAAGCCCCACUAUUCCCAAAAUCAUCGUAAAUGUGAAAAUUUGACUCGGCUUAGAAUUACUCAGUUCUAUCUAACUGUCUGUUUCGGGUUAAAAGAAUAUGCACAGCAGGCUUUUCUAUUCUGGGAGUAAGUAAAUAACUAUUUAUUGCAGACAAAUUGUUUUUAACCAAUGGCAAAAAAGAAGCAUGGAUUGCUGACUUAUGACUCCAUAACUUGAAUUCUACCCCUUUUAAAAAUCCCCAUACACUGAAGCAAAACAUGGAUAUAAAAAGAAAAAAUUGUAAACAGUUUGAUUGCACUGGUUUGGACCACAGGCAUCUAAGUUGUUUUCUUUUUGUUCCUUUUGAUUUCUUCUGACUCUUUGUUAAUGACAAGAGGUUGUGGAUAUACCUAUUCCUAGUCUUCAUUCAGUGGUUGUGGAUUUGCCUUUUCAGCGAACAGGGUUUGAGCGAAUAUCAACCCAGCUCGGGUGCUGGUUGUAGAUGUUGGUGUAUUCACCGAACUAGGAGGUUUGAUAACAGACAUUUCGACACCUUUCAGGGUGACACCCUCAGAGGCUCAAAGCCUCCUAUGAAACGCUGUUGUCUUAUGCCGAUUCAAAUUUAUGUGGUUGGUUUUUGCUGCUUCCGGUAGGUGCUGGUUCCAGUUGCACAUUGUAAUGAUUGGUAUAUCGGGUCUAAUUCCAUGUGUUUGUUGAUGGAGUCCGCAGUUGAAUGCCAAGCCUCAUAGAAUUCCCUGGCUGUCCUCUGUUUGGCUUGUUCCAUGAUGGUAGCGUUGACCCAGUUGAAAGUGUUUUUUCUCAUCUGUGCAUUGAAACCAAGGACAUCUGGUUGUGUGAUUUAGUUGCUAGCUGGUGUUCAUGGACGCAAGUUGCUAGUUGUCUGCCUGUUUGUCCCACUUGGUCUUUUAUGCAGCGUCUGUAUGGUAUCUCAUAAAUUACAUUCAUCCUGUCCAUGGUAUCUAUUGGAUCUUUAACCCUGGUUAGUUGCUGUCUUAGUGUGGCUACCGAUUUGUGUGCUGUCAUGAUUCCUAGCGGUCUGAGUAAUCUGCUGUCAGUUCUGAGGUGUUUUUUGUAUAUUGUGUGGUAGUUAUUGUUUCGGGUUUUGGUGUGUCCGGGUUGUGCAUCGUUGGAUGAAGCUGUGAGGAUAAAGACCUUGUAGAAGUGUUCUUCUUCCUUCUGUAGAUCAGGUGUGCUGCAGUGUAUCUUUAUUCAUUCAUGGGAUGAGGGCGUCACUGGUCAGUCAGCAUUUAUGGCCCAUCCCUCAUUGCCCAGAGGGCAGUUCAGAGUCAGCCACAUUGUUGUGGGUCUGGAGUCACAUGUAGGCCACACCAGAUAAGGAUGUCAGUUUCCUUCCUUAAAGGACAUUAGUGAACCAGAUGGGUUUUUUCCCCGACAAUCAGCAAUGGGUUCAUGGUCAUCAUUGGAUUCUUAUUUCCAGAUAUUUAUUGAAUUCCAUGGCGGGAUUCGAACCCAGAUCCCCCGGAUAUUACCUGGGUCUCUGGAUUAACAGUGCUGUGAUAUACCACUAGGCCAUUGCCUCCCUGAGUGUAGUAGCCCUUUUGAACAGUUCCUCUUAUGUGAGUUGUCGGUUGCUGUGAUAGUUUAAAACCUGGUCAGUAUGUGUAGAUUUCCUGUAUAUUUUUGUAGCGAAGUUACAGUCUUUCUUCUUCCCGCCGUCACGUCCACGAAAAGGAGUUUGUUGUUGUUUUCCUCCUCUCUUGAAAAUUUGGUCCCUUGUGAGUAUGGUGUCAAUGAGUCAGUGGGUGUUAUCAAUUUCUGUUCUUUUUAUAACUACAGUAGCUUCGCCCAGCAGAACUCAUCAAGAGCUUAGGUUUGAUCUGUGGGGGUCUGCUUAUUCCAGCCUUUGCAUGACCGUCUCACCUAUCAGUCCAGAGAUGGGUGAGCCCAUGUGGGAGUCCCUAUGAUCUGCUCAUAUAUCCUGCAGUUGAAUAUGAAGUGGAUUGUUAAGCAUUAGUCCAGUAGUUUAAGUGUGCAGUGUUUGUUGAUCUAUUCCUCGUUCUGUCGUCUGUUGUGUUUGUCUAGUAAGUUGGAUAUGGUUUCUUUGGCUAGUCUGUUGGUUGAUGUAAACAAUGCUGUUACAUCAAAUGAGACCAUCACUUCUUUGUAUAUUUUUGUGUUCUUGAUGUUGUUUCCUUGUUUGCUUUAGCGUCUCAUGUCCAUAGGUGUGUUCAGAGUUUGAGUGAAGAUUUGUAGUUUGGCUGCUAGUUGUAGUUGAUGUGUUCGCCGAGCUCUUUCAGUGAGCCUGAAAGUGACAUUUUCCCCUUUCUCUUUUACCGGGAUUUACAGAGCAAGUGGCUAAUAGAGGAAGCACGAGGGAGAAACCUAAUUUUACAGGAUUUUUCUUCUGUUUUUCUAACCACAGGAAGGAGAUAAAGAAAGAUGGAUGCUUUCUCUUUGCUGGCUCAAAGUUUCUGCUGCAUUGUCAAAUAUGAGGCAGUUGCCACCUGCCCAAGAACCAAUCAAGAAAUUGAUACUAUGUUGAGCUCUCCUGAUAACCGGUAUCAAUUGAAAAGCCAAUCAAAAGACUCUCUCUGGGCAGAAUCACCAUGAACACACUGUUGGUGUGAUCUGUCUAGAGCUUUCCAUCAUUGUUUCAAUAAGGCAAUAUCGCAUAUACAGCUGAUAUUGUGCUCCAGUAACUUAUUUCUUAAACUAUAAGCAUCUUCUUACACAGGUUCCUUGGUUUAAAGGCAGCAUUUUUUUCCUAAUUCAGCCCAGAGCCCAAAUGAAAAAGCGUUUCUCACAUUACUCAAUUGCCUUUGAAAGCAUUGAUCACUUCCAUCACCCUCAUAGACAAUUAUUCUGCUUUUGAAAAAUGUUCUUCCUUGAACUGGAUGCCACACUGGUUGUCAUCCGCUGAGAUCUUCACAAAUGCACAAAUUAGGAGAAGAAGACCACUCGACCUUUAAGCCUUUCUGUACUAUUCAAUGAGAUUUAUUCCAAUAGCCUUAGAUUGUGGUCAUGUGAGAUAAUCAAUCUACCUUUUCAUAGCGUUAUAAGGGAUUUAGAUUGUAUAUAUUUUUGUAUGUACAACAGACACUGCAGUAAUAACAGAAGAGAUGCUCUUGUUUUGAGUGUGCCAAUCUAUCAAACUCCUAAAUCCCACAUGGUUUUGGUCAUUUAAUGUUAUUGUGGCUGCACUGUCCAGGUAAAUAGUGAGUUACACAUCUGAUUCAAGGGAAAUGAGCCUGUCAUCCAGCAAGUUCUGUCCUUGUUUUGAGACUACUGAUAUGGCUGAACUAGUUAAACUGAUUAGUGUUGUUGAGACUUUUGGCAAUUAGGUGGAACAUAUUGAGAUCACUAUUAACUGACACCUGUGUAAACCAGUGUCACAUAUCAUUCGGCAGCUCAAACCUGGGUAUUAAUCAGCGCUUGAUGACCUGGGCUGCGUUAUUACAGAAGGGUUUAUGAUUGGAGCUGAACAUUGGAGUUAUCACUAAACAUGCUGUAUUUCUGGUCUUAUUUGCUGUAUGGCAAAGGAAAGGUCAUUGACCAUAAGGCCAUGGAAGCAGACAUUCAGCUAUUUGACCCUCGAGUUUGUUCCGCUGUUCAAUCAUGGCUGAUAUGUUUCUCAACCUCAUCCUCCCACUUUCUCCCUGUAAUCUUUGAUCCCCUUGACAAUCAAGAACCUAUCUAUCUCUGUCUUAAAUGUACUCCGUGACCUGGGCACCACAGCCUUCAUGGCAAUGAAUUGAUGAAGCAGUUGAAGAUGGUUGAGCUGGAGACCUCUUGGAGUGAUGUUUUCAGAUUUUGAUGAUUCCUAUCUGCAGCUGCACUAUUUUGUGCCAGAUAUGUCUUGAAGAAGGAUUUCCAUUUGAACUCUAAUGAGUUUCGAGCAGCAGUUCUAACCUGCCUCCUUGUAGUUUCGAUUGUCUAUAAAACAUUUAGUUUCAUUUUAGUGCGUAGAUAAAGAAUGCGUUUGUAGUAAUAAUAUAUUUGAAAUACAACAUCAGAAAAAAUUUAAAGCUUAUUGAAGGUCAAAUGAACCAAAGUAUUGACAUGAGCUGUCACUAUAGAAAACUAGUUUGAUGUAACCAAUAAAGUUCUAUCUUUCCAUUUUUUUCAAA